UAUUGUUUAGUGUCAAUCACGUUACGGAACAAAUACGCUCAUCAGCAUCUGCAUCGGAAGUGUUUCUCCACAUCUUCCGCUCAAUCCCAUUAAACGAAAAGCGGAUAUAAAUUUGCGAUUUACAAAAAUGGCUCCGUCGCUUGCUACAACGCUGUCUACAAUCGCUUCAAUUGUACCCUCACAAGUGAAUCCGUGGUAUGCUGGAUUACUUGUCGCUGGAGGUCUUUCAAAUUAUUUACAGACUAAGAAUACAUCUGGCCUUAUCCAGAGCCUCCUUAGUGGAGCUGCCGUGACAGCAUGUACAUAUUAUAAGCUACCUUACAAAGCUAUUGGAGUUCUCUCUGUCGCUGGAUAUCUGGGCUGGACAAUGUUGAAGAAAUACUUGGCCAUGAAGAAGAGAAAGAUCAUUCCUUCCGGUCUUACUGCCAUAGCUAGUCUCAUCACCUUCCUCGUCCAAGCCAAUGCAGCCCGCAAGAACUGGAGCUUCCACUAAAUAACUUUGUAGCAGAUUAGGCUAUCAAAUGUAUAAUUUUUAGCAAUGUAACAGUUUGAACUCUAGUAAUUGAUAGUGUUGGUGGUUGAUGACACUGUGUGUGAUGUUUCUACCUCAGUUAACGGGACUUUUUGUAUUAAUCUGCGAUGAUUCUUUGCUUACGCUAUAGUAAUGAAGUUGAC